GAGAGAAGUGACUGAACUAUCGAGCUGGGGAGGCGAUGUCCCUCCUGGGCGGGACCGGGAGAGAGACUCUUCUUAGGAGGGGUGAGCCCCCCUCUUUUUAGGGCCGGAUAAUGGGGGGCCCGCUGAUAAUCUCGCCUUCCUUUGCGGGGGGAGUGUGUGAUCCCCGGGUGAAAGGACUGAUCUGCAUUCAAAUUGGUAUCACAAGGGCACAAACAAGCUCAAGAUUCUGUGAUUUCCUAAUAAAAAGAACAAUAAAAAAGAAGGCUCAGCAGAUGGUUGAAGACAUUUUAAUCCCUCUGUAUGUGAAGAUGUAAAAGUGGAUAUUGUCUCAGAUCAAAUAUGCAUAACAGAAGAACUUGUGUAAGAUUAUUUGAUUUAACAAUGCUUACAUCAUACUAAAUCCCCAUGCUUCAUAGAGACUGGCACAGUCCUGUGUUUGCCUUCCUCAUACUGGUAGUUCUACUGAAAUCAACGGGACACCUCUUGUGAAUAGUACGGAUCCAAGUGGGAUUGCCCCUCAAGACUUUGCUCCAGGACUUCCAGGCUGGACUCCAGGACUGAGAAAUAGAAUGUUUCAUGUCUAACAGAGACAGACUGGAUUUGGAGGAUGAAGUCCAGCCUAAUGCAUUUGAUUCCUCCAGUGAGUAGGGACAGAAUAAUCUCCCACUUCCCCAAGUGGUACACACCAGAGGCCUGUCUCCAGUUCAAAGAUCACUUCCAUGCACUGGUCAGGAGUGCCUGUCAGCAACACAAUACUGGGACAGUUGGGCUGAAAAUAUCCAAAGUGGUUGUGGUUGGAGACCUCUAUGUUGGGAAAACCAGCCUUAUCAACAGGUUUUGUAAAGAUAUUUUUGAUCGAGACUACAAGGCAACCAUUGGAGUAGAUUUUGAAAUUGAGCGGUUUGAAAUAGCUGGAGUGCCAUAUAAUCUCCAGAUAUGGGACACAGCAGGUCAGGAAAAGUUCAAGUGCAUUGCAUCUGCUUACUACAGAGGAGCAGAGGUUAUUAUAACAGUGUUUGAUCUGGCUGAUAUCCAGACUUUGGAUCACACGAAGCAGUGGCUAGAGGAUGCAUUGAGGGAGAAUGAGCCAGGGUCCAGCUUCAUCUUUCUGGUUGGAACAAAGAAAGAUUUAGUGUCAGGUGCCGCAUGUGAGCGGACAGAACUGGAUGCCAUUCGCUUUGCCAAUGAGAUGAAGGCUGAAUACUGGUCUGUCUCAGCAAAAACAGGGGAAAAUGUAAAGGAGUUUUUUUCUCGAGUUGCUGCUUUGGCCUUUGAACAGUCUAUGCUGAAGGAGCUGGAGAAGAGCAAUGGUCGCAUGGUCCAGAUCGGGGCAGGAAACCUCAUCAAAAUAGAAGGAAAUUCACUUGAGACUCCAGAAAGCAACAGCCAAGCCAGCCUGAACUGCUGCUAGCUGCCAGUCAUUUCUGCAAGCAUCACACCUCCAUCUGCAUGUGCGUACACCUGCAUGGCGCACCUGCAGCAGGGAAAGCUCUCAAGCAGUUUCCAGUUGAGAGAUUGAAAGUCAGUUUAUCUCAGGAAAGAAUGGAGGAGCUGAAAAUGAUUCAAGCAACUUGCCUUCAGACAGAUGAUCUCUCUUCUACCCCUUGCUUUGUGCUCACCUUGUGCAGGCAGCACAAUGGUACAUAAACCUUCCCUGUGCAAGGGGGAGACUGCUUGUGUGAUGGCAAGCUGCCUUUACUUAAGGGGAUGGACUCAACCCAACUUUUCCUCCUGCUACCAGGAGGACCUGUAAACAAUGUUCUGUACUUGUUUUGUGUUCUUGGUAGCUACCAGAACUCUAGAAUCUUGGACAGUGAAGUCCUGGCCCCAUUCUUGUGGGAGCAGAAAACCCAUGGCAGUGCUGAUUAUUGUGGUGCAUUUGAUCUAUUUUAUCUUUUAAACACAAAAUCCUUGUACAAAAUUAUGCUGACUUGCACUUAAGCAUACCUAGUUUACCAUGAUAGUACUGAGAGAAAUAUUCCUCUUGUAUCUGGGGUCAGGAUAUCUGGUUUCAGGAUAUCUGUCGAUCCUUUGUAAUUUUUAAGUCUAUACAUAUUCUUCUUCGAAUGGAUGCAGACCAGAAUUCCACUCAGGUGUGUGUGUGUGAUCAGUGUGCUGGAGUAGUACUCAUCAGAGCGACAGACAUGCCCUGAGCCUCCUCAUGGCUCCUCCCAAGGCUAUAUGAGGCUGAUGCCACCCUGACCCCCCUCAGUCCCUUCUUAUCACUCAUGGCCUGAGUCGCAACUUCCCAUGUAGUUCUCCCCUCAUGCUUUUUUUUCUGCUACAUAGUUAGCUCUUAGCUAUUUACAGAUUUAAUGAAGUUAUCAGUUAGCACCCUUUAGAUAGGUUUUUCUUUACAUUUUUUAUUUCUAGAAUGGCAUGGAGCACUCUCUGGGCUUCAAGCACUGCCCUUCACGUGGGGCAUCUCUUCCUAAUAAUGACCCCCCCCACACACACACACAUAGGCCUUGUCUACAUUAGGGGGGGUUAAGUUGACGUAAGUUACGCAUCUUAAGUUAUGUAACUUACAUAUAUUAAGUCGAUGUAGUUUUCAGCAGAGCUUCUGCCUCUCGUUGAGGUGGAGCACUGAAGUCGACAGGAGAGCACUCUCCCGUCCACUUAUUGUGUCUUCACCAGACCCACUAAAUCGAUGCCACUGCAUCAAUCGCAGCAGCACCAAUUUAGCCCCUAGUGAAGACAAGCCCUAUGUGUGUUGUGUCUUGGUGAAGGACAUAUCAAGGAGAAGUGUAGCAUUUGCCACUCCUUCAAGAAACACACUCAGAUUUCCAGUAUCUGCACCUUAUGCAGCAUCUCCUAGCAUAGGCCAUGAGGUCUGCCUCUGCAUUUGUGCCCUGCCAGAUUGCGCUGUAUGCAGUCAGCCACUACUAUGGUAAAGACUUCAGACAGGCUCUUGGGCUUGGACUCCUUUCCAAGGAGAAGGAGAGGUCAGUCUUUCUCUCUCUGGGUUCCUUGCACACAGACCCAUAAGACUAAUAAGAGCCACUCGAGCUCCAAGAGAGGCUCCUCUUCCACCGCAAAUAGGGGAUUGGUGUAACACAGAGUUUCACAGGGCACCUAGAGUAGGGCAGGGCUGUAAGCCCAUGUUUCCCCAGUAGCUAGGCGAGCAACUCCUGGUACCAUACCAUCGACUCUGGAUCUGUCCUCUCAGCAGCCAUCAAGUCUGGUACUGGUGGAUGCUGUCUCAGCACCACCUAUUUCAAUCCUUACAACUUCACAGACACUUGGGGUGGUGAAUGACCUGCUCUGCCUAUCUAUCCCUGGUUUGCCAUUGAUCCAGGAGUCCGUGGGGCUGGUAUUACCUCUGGCUGUUCUGGACCAUCAACCUCUUUGGCACUGGAGCAGAGAAUGCUGUCAGCACCAGCACUGGUACUGGUUAAGGGGACAGUCUAAGACAGUCUCAUCUGCACCAUCUGGUGCCUGGGUGUCCUCUACAUCAGCUCUUGGAUGUUCUUUAGUGUUGGCACUGACUGCAACCUCAGUUUUGGGUUUGGGUGUAGACAUCAGGCUACGCAUCACCUCCUCUGGAGCCUGUUUUGGUACUGGACUUAGAAACAAGACCUUCUAUGUCCUGAGAUAAAUUUAUGGUACUGACUGCAGUAUCACCACUGGUACCAAACUUACCUCCCCCUGCUGGGAGUUGGACAGAUUGGGCCAUCCAAUAGCCCCACUUGGUUGGGCACUGGUAUGCUGACUGAUUAUUCAGAAGGCCUAUCUAGGUCAGACUUGUCUAGCUCCUCUCCAUCCCCACCAAGGCAUGCAAAGUCUAGUAAACCAUCUAGGUCACCUUAAGAGGGGGACCCUUGGAACUGGAAUCAGUACCAUUCCAAUAACAAGGAGAGGCCAGUGUGGCCUGAGACAUUUUGACCUCCAAUGACCUGUUGGAUUAUAUGUGUCAGGGGUCGCACAUCUCAAACCCUGGUCUACAGGACUCUUAGGAACCAGGAAGUUCUGACCUGCCACCCAGUGACCUGCUAACAGUUGCCAGAACCAGAAGCUGAAUUCCAACAGAGAACUCCAGUCCUGGGAUCUGAUAGGUGGAACAAUGGGAGUCCUGAUUUUUUUCUCUGCUUGUGUUUAAACAAAACACAGGAAGAGGAAGUUGUCCAUGCAGUUGGGUUUUCCCUGCUUAGGACUGCUUCGCUUGUGCUACCUGCUCCUACUGCCUGACUCUGAUCUCCUGGUAACCUGACCCUGCCUGCCUCCUUAACUCGCUCUCCAACCACUAGGUCAGACUGCACACAUCCCACUUGUGACAAUAUAGAACGCUUGGAUGGCUCCUAGAUUCUCCAGAUCUUGAUCUUCAGCCUGUUUUAGGAGAAAGUCCCUGGAACCAUCCACAUCAGGGCCUUGUGCACUGGAAGAGCAACUAGAAGCUCUCCCCUCUGAACAACCAGCUCAAUAAGAAGAGCCAUGUUGGAGGAACGAGCUCUGUCUCAGGAGGCUACUUCAGCUCUGGUCAAUUUAUCCUCUCCCUCCCCAGGCUCACUCUUGCCAGUCCCAGAGCAUUUUUAAUCCUGUCAGGAUGUGCUUAGAAGAAUGGCCUCUGCGCUUGGUAUAUAUUCCAAGUUAUUUACAGGAGAAUACCUACAAGCUAUUGGACAUUCUUCAAGCUGCAAUCUCAAGAAGGGUAGCCCUCCCAGUAAAUGAGGCACUUUUAGAGCCAGCGAAAGUGUUAUGGAAUACACCUGCUUUGCUGGCUUCCACAGCCAAAUGCACUGACAGAUGCGACAGUGUGCUUGCCCAGGGGUUCAAGUGUCUUUUACUCUCAUCUGUCUCCAAAUUCCCUGGUAGUUUUGGCUGCCAAUGAGAAGUCAAGGCAAGAAAGGUUCAAGUCAGCACCCAAAGAAAGAGAACUGAAAAGAAUGAUGGCCUGGGGCAGAAAGAUUUAUUCUAAGUUAUCUCUCCAAAUGCAAAUAGCUAAUCGGCAGGUGCUGUUACCUAAGUAUGAUUUUCGUACCUGGGAGCCUUAUCAAAAUUUACAGAUAAACUCUCCGAGGACUCCAAGGAAGAGUUCAAAGCCUUUUUGGCAGAGGGCCAUCUGGUCACAAAGACAUCUCUUCAGUCUGCCUUGGAUGUUGCAGAUGGUUCCUCAAAGACUGUGGCCUCGGCAAUGUUGAUAAUGUGAAGAGUUUCGUGACUAUAUAACUCUGGGAUAGCCUGCAACAUACAACAGUAUAGAAGACCUUCCCUUUGGGCAUUUUCUAUUUUCAGAUAAAAUUGGUGAAAUAUUGCACUCAUUUUAAAAGACUUCUAAGCAACCCUCUGCUUCUUAAGAGUUUAUGUCCCAGUGUCCAAGAAAAGACGUACACAACUCCCAGCAUACCCAGUACUCCUAGCAGUACUAUAGAAAUCCUUUCUACGCAUCUAGGCAAGAUGACAUGCUGAAAAGUACGCAUAGACCUCAGAGAAGAAGGUCCACUAGCUCAGACUCCAACCUGCAAGCCCAUUCUCAGACAUCUGCAAGCAAAAUCUGCCUUUUCACUUUUCCAAUGAGGACAGCAACCUAAUUAUUCACAAUCCACACACUAUUGUCUCUCCAUUUGGGAGCAAACUAUCUUGCUUUCUGGAUAAUGACAGACAAGUGGGUACUAAGUACCUUGAGACUGGGAUAGUCAAUCCAAUUCCUUUCCAUUCCCCCUUCCCCAUCCGUUUUCAGGGACCCAACUCACAAGCCUCUGCUCCUUCAAAAGGUCCAGAUACUGCUUGCUGUAAGGGCUGUGGAAGAAAUUCCUAUACAGUUUCAAGGAAAGGAGUUUUAUUUAGCCAUUUUCUAAUUCCCAAGUCCAAGUGUUGUUUAAGGCCCAUUUUGAACUUUUACAGUCUCAACAAGUUCACUAAAUACAUGAGAUUCUACAUGGUUUCCCUGACAUCUAUCCUCCCCCUCAGGAUUGGAACAAUUUGUUUGCUGCCCUCAAUCUUUGCAGUGCUUGCUUCCACAUCACAGUGAUACGAAGUCAUAGGAAGUUUCUCAGAUUUAUGGUAGUGAGGAGACACUAUCAAUACACAGUUCUUCCCUUUGGCCUAUUGUCAGCUCCUCAUGUGUUUAUGAAAUGCAUAGAAGAAGUGUCAGCAUUCUUGAGAAGGAUUGGGAUACAUAUCUUCCCUUACUAGAUGAUUGCCUCAUCCAGGGCAUAUCACUUUGUGAAGUCCUCAGUCAGCUCCAAUUCAUUCUCCAUCUCUUUGACUGGCUAGGGCUCAUGCAGAACAAAGAGAAGUCCACAUUAGUGCCCAUGAAGAGGCUGACAUUCAUUGGGGCUUUGCUUGACUCUAUGGUAGCGAGGGCCUUUUUUCCUUGAGAGGUUUCUGACCAUUUACAAUCUUUGUGUGUCCCUCAGGUCUCACCUGUCCAGUAUGGCCAGAGCAUGUCACACAUUGGUACGUCACAUGGCUCCAUGUAUGUACGUGACCAUGCAUUCCAGACUGCAUUUUCAUCCUUUACAUACAAACACGGCUAAAGUUGAUUUACCAACCAAGCAGGCAUCUGGAAAAGUUAGUCCAAGUUUCUCUUGUAGUCUUACACUCUGUGGAGUAGUGAAUGGACCAGGACAUUGUAUGUGUGGGGAAUCCCUUUUCUUGUCCCCUUCCAACUAGGACAAUUAUAAUUGACACUUCUACAUUAGGCUGGGAUGCUCACCUGGGUGGUUCAUGGGGACCCAAGGGAUAUGGACAAAACCCCAGGAAGAGAGGCUUCAUCACGUUCCAGGAGAGGUUACGUAACAGAAGGAAACAAUCACCUAGAUCCACCUAUUUAGCUAAGUGGAAGUGUUCUUCACUUUUGACUUCUGCUCAAGGGAUUCAGUCAAUAAGGGUGAGUGUCCAGGACAAAUGUUCUGGCCCUUUCUUAAGUUCAGUGAAGGUUCACCUGGCAGCUAUUUCUGCCACUCAGGGGAGAAUAGUGUUUUCCAAUCCUAUGGCUACAAAGUUUCUCAAGUAAAUGACUUGUCUGUUUCCACCUGUAAAAGCAUCAGUUCACCUGAACACAAUGUUAGCCACUCUCAUGGGAAGAAUUUGGCUAUUUGCUCCUGGGCACAUUUGUCCUGCAAGAUGGCCUUCCUUAUCGCUAUCACAUCUGUGAGGAGAGCUGGCAAGCUGCAAGUAUUAGUGGUAGGCCCUCCGUACACUCACUUUUUAAGGACAAAAUGGCUCACCCAAAGUUUUUAACUAAAGUAGUGUCAACAUUCCACCUUAAUAAGACGCUAUAUCUAAGUCCUGUGUUCUUUCCAAACCUGCAUGUCAGUUGGGAAGAAAGGUGUUUUACAUACCUUGGAUGUAAGAUGGCCAUUGGCCUUUUUCAUAGACAGAGGUAAUUGUUUAGAUGUUCUCCUUGACAUUUUGUUUCUUACGAGGAUAGGAUGAAGGGCCAAGUGGUCUUGACCCAGACAGUCUGUAGAUGGAUCACUGCUAUUACCACUGUUUAUGAUAUGGCUAGUAUUCCACCUCCUUAACGUCUCUUUGUCCAACUCAAAGCUUAAGUGAUGUCUGUAGCUUCUCUCAAUGAUAUACCUUUUCUGGACACUCAGAAGGCUGCUGCCUGGUCCUACAUAUAUAUGUGCAUGCAUACAUACAUUCAUUCAUACAUACAUACAUACAUACAUUCACUUGUCACUAUGCGAUUGCAAGAGCUUCAAGGGAAGAUGCAAACUUUGGCAAGGUCACUGUUCAAAUAGAGUUCAAGCCCUGCCAUCUAUGAUACUGCUUGUGAGUCACCUGAAGGGAAUACACAUCUGCAUCCACUCGAAUAAGAAAGAACAGUUAUUUACCUGUAUUAUAACUGUUUGUUCUUAGAGAUGUGGGUACAGAUGUGUAUUCCAUGACCAACCUGUCAUCUCCUCUGCAUCAGAAUUUUAGGCCACUGGCUGGUACAAAGGAGCUGAGGUAGAUGGGGACAGCAUCACCCUUAUAUAGCCUCAGGUGGGGUCAUAAGGAGGCGCAGGGAAUGUGCAUCACUUCAACAGGUAUUGCUGCGGAAAACAUAUCUGGCUCCAGCAUGCUGAGCGCGCACACGUACCCACCCUCACCCCCGAAUUAACUACAUUUCUGCAUCCACAUCUCUAAGAACAACAGUUACAAGUAAGUAAUUGUUCUUUUCCUGUUUAAUGAGUUAGGGUCUGAGACAGUUUUUACAUUUUGCUUUUAUAAUUUUUUUAAAAGCAUAUCAAGUCUGCUGAAAGAAGACCUUAAUCCUGCUCCCCUUUACUUCUCUGUAGAAUGGGUGGCAGAUCUUUCCUCCUGCCAUCAGAAUCUGGUCCUAUGGAUACAACUUCAGGGUAAAAAUCAAAAAGGGAGAUUCCAUUGAAUGGAGAAAGCUGUGAAAUUAUGUAAUAGGUAUAGUAAAGGAGAACAUAUAAACACUGAUAGGAAAGGAAGUUUAUGAGGUUGUAGCAAAAUUCUGAUAAUGAUUUUUUUAUUGAUCUAGUGUCACUGUGUUUCUGCCUUUGACAUUUCAGGUGGGCAAAACCAGAACCCAGGAUCCAAAUAUUCCAAAACUUUGUGGAAGUCCAGAUCUGAAAUUUCUAGUUUAAUUCCAUCUCUGCUUAACAUUCCAAAGGCUUGAUUCUUCUCGGCCUUAUGCUUUAUAUAAGCAUGUGCAUCUGUGUAAAAUAGUACCAGCUCUUUAUAUAUAACCAGAAUAUUAUAAUUUUUCACUCUUUGUGCAUGUGUGAAUGGCAACACAAAGUGCAAGGCACAGGAGAAUCCGAUUCCAUGUAUUCUGUAAUUGCAAGAGGAAGUGGGUAUACCCUUUCCCCUCCACUUGUUUUUCAUAGAUCCCGUCUACGCUACAAGUCUAACCAGUCACAGCUAUUAUAAGUGACAUGUUCUAAUGUCUCUUUUUGUUCAUAAUAUAGAUAGGACAUGGUUUUUUGAAGCAUGUUACAGCCGAAGUAAUGAACUUCGUCACCCCUCUCCAUGCUAGACAACUGUUAGCUGGUAAGGUUAGAUGCUAUAGUGUGGCUGGGCAUAUAAUUGGUUUGACUACCCUUGCUGGAAAAAGUGUUCCAGUCCCUUGAUGCUAGGAGCAGCUUGCUUCAUAGCUGAAUUGAAGCAACAGUGAAAAGGAAGGAUUUUUGUCCUUAUUUUCAUAUUACUUUUACCAAAAUGGUGUGUGUUUAUGUGUACUUGCACUCUUUCUACAUAGAAAGAGAGAGUGAGAAUUUUCCAAUACAGAAACCCUAACGUGCUUGCCAUGUGCAGGUCUCUUAACUGAGUGGCUGUUGCAGAACGAGCACUCUCUACAUGAUUGCCACAUCCUGGUGAGCUUGUCAGGUCAUGCACUUUCCCUGGUUUCCUCUGUUAUUCCAAGAGUUAAAUACCUUUCUGCCCUACCCCUAUAAGUUUGAUUCUUUAGGAGCUAGGAUGAUCAUGUGUUAAAACAAGACCCAUGUAACAUGGAACAGAUUGUAUGAAAAUCAGAGGCAUUGGGAAAUAGAGUAAAGCAACUCUGUGCUGGAGAGUUUUCUGCAGUGUGGGCAGCCCCGACUUGGUGCCGUAGGGACUCCUGUUUAAACCUUGUUAGUUGUCCCUGCUGAUUUAAAUGGCACAGUAUUGUCAGAAAUAACUGUAUUACAUACCUGCUGGAUCAGUAUUUGUGAGACCGCUUUUACCAUGCAUGAUUAUUGUUUAUAAAUCUCUGAUCAGAUUGGUUUUGCUUAUUGAACUUCAGCAUAUACAGCAAAAGUACAAGGCAAACAUCAAGAAGUAACACCCAAGAGUAUGUUGAAAGGAACUAGCUGAUAUCUAUGGUCAUACAUUGACAUAAAGAAAUGGACUUAAACUUCAUAUAGAAAACACUACAUUAUUCUUACACUCUUCUUUACUGGAACAAAUUUUAGAGAGGAAGAAGGAAUUUAAACAAGGCAAUCUCUCACUGAUUUGUAACAUUCAGCCUCAGGUACCUAAUAGGCAGUAUUCCUCCAAACAUAAAAGAUGUAUUGUAAAACUUUCACCUACACGAAACCAGGAAAACUCAGAGCCAUAAAAAACUACUAUAAACAUUCUGAGUCAAUUAACGAAUCCCCCUCAAGAAUCAAACCAAGGCAUCAGUCCACCAUUCCAGAAAUCUUGUUCACCAAUAAUUUGAUGUCCACAAAGCCCUAGGGCCAAUGGAAUCACUCUGAAUUUACACCAGCAUAAGUGAGAGCAGAAUGUUUCCCAUAAUGUACAGUAUACUCAUAGUACAAUGGUUUGGACGGAAAGAAAGCAGAAGACCCUAGGACAGUUAUUAAUUAUUAACCCCAUCAUGUAGUCACUACACAUGCAUCAGUAAACAGGGUGCUGAAUGUAACAAUCUAAUUGGAGCCCAAUGCCUCAAAACAUACCAAGGAAAAUAACAGAAAGACCUUAAUAAUAUAAAAAAUAAUCAGACACAAUGGGCCUGAUUCUCAGUUAUUCCAUUCCUGCAUUUAGAUAGGGAUGGGCAGAAAGUGAGGAGAAAUAUGGCUUAAAGCUGCCUUUGUAUUUCCCAUCUUCUGUUUUGCUCACAGCGUAAAUUAGAACAGUCUCAUGGAAUUGUAUGUAUGCAACUUCUCUUAGCAACUUCUCUCUUCCUUUCCUCUUCAGACAAGGCUGUCAUUAGCAACCAUGCGAGUCCUGUUGGCACAGAAAAUGAGUGUACUAUUUGGUGGAGGAGGUGAAUAUGUGUGCCUGUGUAGAGUUAUCGAUCCAAAUAUGUAAUGUUUUGACCUUAUGAUAUUCUGUGUAGUUGUUUAUCUCUCAAAACUGUUUCAUGAGGAUGACGAAUAGAUGCUCCCUUAAACCAUGCUCAUUCCAUUUAGUGGACAGCAUAUCUAACUUCUUUGUGAUUACUGGGUUUGAAUCACUACUGGAUGGGUGAGUAGAAGGGGUGGCUUACUGUACUGGAGGAUACCAUAUAUGUAUAUAAUAUGAUGUCUUUCAGCAGAAGCAACCAACAUGCUUUUCAAGCAUAAACGAAUUGUCACGUAAGCCCCCUUUUGAGGUACUAUAUUGUAGGUGAGUAGUAUUAGCGUCAUUUUACAGAGGUGUAAACUGAAGCUCACAAGGAUAACAUGCCUGAUUUUCAAACUAGGCCCCUAUUUUUGUGGGCAUAGUGCCUGAAAUAAUUUGGGCCCCAAAAUUUUAUAUCCCGGGUUCAGUCAUGCUUUGUCCUGGCAAUUCACUGUUGGUGCUGAGGUGUGGGCAUAACUUGUUAUAGACAGAAAACUGCGCCUCUAAAAAUGGUUCUAAAAUCAGGCCUUAAGUGACUUGCCCACAGUCACACAGUGAGUCAGUGACAAAGCUGGGAAGAAGAAUAUUUUUUAAAUUGCCCUGCAAGUGUUGCUUUUAUUAUUGUUAGACUUUUGUGCAAAAAACUCGUGGAUACAGUCUCUUCAGCAAUGCUAUGAUAUUGCUCUGAAAAUCAAAUGGGCAGCUUUCCCACCUUAUGUCUGUGAAGAGUACGGGUCCUUUAAAACCACACAGUACCUUGGCCUCAAGGGAAAGUGAGAUUUGGUUCCAGAGGGCUCCUCCCUUCCCUUUUCUAUGUAUUGGAAAUACUGAACUUGGAAGAAAACUGCCUUUUGUUUUCUAGUAACAGAAAUGACACAGUAACUUGUUGUCACUACCAUUUUAUGUCUCUUCUACCUCCAAGAAUCACACUUAUAACAGCAGGACAAUAAAUAGCCUUCGGAAAGAGCCUAAUCCAUCCUAGUCAGUGAUGGAUGCUGUAAGGCCUGCCUUGAAAACCCCACUGAGAUUUCCAGAGCACAGAGCCCGCUAUUAAUAAUUGAUUCUGUAAAAAUGAAACUCUGAUCAUGUUACUAUUGAUGAAUUGCUUAGACAGGGGAACACAAGGAAAGGGUUCCAACUCUCUGAAAAGUAAACACCACUGUUCAUUUGUAAUUUCUUGGGCAGAUGUUCAUGUCUCUGGCCUAGAUUUUAGUUGUGUGUGUUUAAUUCUAACAAAAAGCCUAGUUGCUUUGAAGAAGGCUUUUAUAUAGUGAGUAAUAUGUCAGGAAAGAGGACAACUGUAUCAGUUCUGAAUGCUGGCUGUCUGUAGCAUUCCUAGAUAUAUUAACUCUGGAACUAGCUGGUGAAUCCCCCACAGUACAUUUGGCAACAAUGCCUGUCUCCUUUGGGGAUUUUUGUUGCAGAGAGUGUGGAGAAGGGUGGUGAUUGGGGGCCAUCUGAAGACAAAGCUAAGGUGCUGGUGUAGUAGUUUUUCUCAGAACAAAUACAAAUGUGAUGCUUCUUUUUUUCUCAAUAAAUUGAAGUUAACACGCUGAUUGCCUGUUUUAAACAAUGAGUAUGUAUGUCUUUUAGUCAAAGCAGUAGAUGAUUGAUCACAGGCCAUUUAGCAAACAGCCCUGUGGCAAGUGAUAUUUUUUGGGCUUUCAGGUUAAGGCCAGGAGCUGUUAGAAGAGCAAUUGAUUUUAUUUUUUAGUAUCAGUUUUGCCAUGUGAGUGAAUAUAUGAAGGUCAGUUUUCUUAUUGCCAGUAGGUCAUGUGAUUCACAUCUCUCCUGUUAUUUCUCAGCACCUACAAGAUUCAAGCCUGCUGUCCCUACAGGUGCAUUGUUCCCAGUAUAAUCAUCAGUUGUCUCUUGCAUGAGAACUGCAGGGUCAGAAUCUCACUGGCUUUUCUGCAGGCAGUGCUUCCUACUUUUUCUAGCUCUUUGUUUACCUUCUUCAUCACCUGUUUCUCCCCUCAUCUUCUUCAUCCCAUGUCUUAUCAGUUUUCUCCUUCAUUUCUCUUUAGCCCUACAAACAGGAGGGUUCUUCAUGUCCCUCUCAGAACCCUGGAUCCCUUCAGUUCUUACUCCCCUGCAUCUCAGGGUCCUUGCUACACUAACCUCUCCUCCUGGUAGUUCAUCAGGAGCAGUUGUUGGAGGCAUUCCCUCAACCAGGGGCUGAGUGUGCUGCCCUCAUGACACUCCCAGUCUCUGCAGGUCUGGGAGCUAGGGAACAAAUAUGGGACUUACUUCAAGUUUCCCAGAGGGGCUACAACCACAUUAUAGUCCUUUGCCUUCAUGUCUUUCUCUUUUCUGGGGUAGGAAGUUAGGAAAGAGGCUUUAAUCUUUGAGUGAGUGUGACAUGGAUCACUUGGUGAGUCACAUGAGAGAGGUGCUACUGCUGUGUGUCAGAUUUCUGCUAAUUUGUGCUCUAGAUUAUAAAUUGUUUGAGGGACUGACUUGAGUGCAGUUUUCCUCUUGUAAUGUGCUGUAUAUCCAUUCAGUGCUUUAUUACUAAUAACUGACAUGCAUCUGUUAGAAUACAUUGUUCUGGUCACCAUUCUGUCUGCCCAACUACUCCCAUGCCAGAUAUGGGAAAGAUAAGGGAAAGCUGAGUGUAAUAACAUCCUGGACAGAACAGAAACCAUGAGGAUAGAUGAGAGAAGAGGGAAAAAUAAUAUCUCAGUCACCCUGCUCAUUCCUUUAGUGGGUUGAGAUCAGAGUCCAUUUCAGAUGUGCACCACAACCCAGUGCAGGCUAUUCUCCUUUCUGUGCUACACGUUCAUUCGAGAUAGGUGAAUAAGUCUAUUCCCAUUCUGUCUCCUCUCAGGCUUUGACUCAUUCCAGGAAAAACAGAAAUAUUCAUUGGCAGGAUCCUGAGUGGGAGUCCUCUCUCUUUCCAGCUCUUGUGCAGAAGUCACACACUGUUAGAAAACAUUUUUCAUCGAUCACAGGCAAAUGAUAGACUGCGUUUAAAAACUCCUUGAAAAGGACUCUGCUUUUAGGGUCCCAGUCUCACUUAUAUUAAAUGCCCAUUGAUUUUUGUUUCAGGAUCAGGCCCUUGGUGAGGAGAGAGUGCCGCGGCUGUGGGAGGGCUACAGUUUGUUAGGAAAAGUGACUGGCUUUUGCCCACAAGAGGGUGCCUCAGGGUCAGUUAUGGUUGUUCUUGCUUGAAGUAGAGAAGCCAUGUUGUAGUUUAUUUUCUGUGCCACUAGAGGGGGCAUGCUGGCUGCUCUAACUGCUAGUCAUAGCCACAAAAUCAUAACAGUUUUGUACUUGAAAAGUAAUAUGCACUCAGACCACUGCUAUAUGCCUGCCAUCAUAACUUUGCCUUUACAAAGUUUUGUGUGUCUUUAGAAUGGUACUAUUCUGAGUAAAUAAAGUGUUUGGGGGUUGCUCAGAAGUCCAGCAGCUACUUCUCAUGCUCCUCCAAAUUCCUGAUGCAGACACAGAGACCGCAAUAGGUAUGGAGACCGAGUUGUUUAAUUCCAAUACUAAUUAAAAUUGAAUGAGUCAUACAGAAAUUCAGCCUCUGGCUUCAAUACUCAUCAGAAUUCUUGUGUUUUCUCACUCUGUUGGAUACACAGGAGAGGGGAGAAAGGGCAUGGAAACCUUACCUGCCUGAUUCCCAUGCACUUUAGGCUAUCACACAACAUCUUUGUGAGAAAUAAAGAGCAAGGGAAACUGAGACUUGAGUAAUCUUAAAUCAGCGUGUGAAUUCAAAUGACAAGUUAGAUCCAAACUGUAUAUUUAAACAUAUAAAUUAUUGAUUAGUAAUUUAUAAUGUUAUGCAUAUGGCCUUAUAAAAACUGCUGUUUACAUAAAUGUCAUUAUAUGGAUUUUUUUUCAAAUGUAAUGUCAAUGAAUCCGUAACCCUUGAUCAAUCUCUGUCCCAUAUGUGUUAGAAGCCUGGGUACUAGUUGAGGUAGGCAUUUUUAUGAAGGAAGGGGGAAAGUAAAAGCUCUGUAAUAAACAGCAAAAGAAAGAACAAUGCAAAGCUGAAGGCACUAUUAGCCAGUUGCAGAAUGCAUUUUUGAUGCGUGAAAAGGUUUUGUGGGCUAUUGAACAACAUCAGAAGUAUAAAAGGCUAAUCUUA